AUGAGUUUCUCAAGCGACUAUGGCCUUUCUUCUUCCACCUCUUCCACCACCAUGGAAGGUCGAAAGAAGGCUGUCAUGGAUCAAGUUCGAAGUGAACUUGCUUAUGCGAAUUUGCAAGAAAUCGUUACUAAAAUCAAUGAAAAAUGUUUUGCCAAAUGUAUUUCAAAACCAGGUCACUCUUUAGAAAAUAGUGAAAAACAAUGCGUUGCAAAAUGUAUGGAUCGAUAUAUGGAAUCAUGGAAUAUCGUAUCACGAGCAUACUUGUCACGAGUUCAGCGUGAAAGUCAGUUACAAGGGGGGAGUUUAUAG